CGACUGGGCGGCCGGCGGCAGACUUGACGGGAGCCUGAGGCGUGGACGCCGACCCUGGAGAACUCGGCGGCCGGCGCAGUGCGGCGGGUGUGCGGGCCGCGCGGCUUCCCUCGGCGGCGCCGCUCCGGGCCUCGGCCAUGCCCUCGCUGUGGAGAGAAGUGCUCCUGGAGAGCCUUCUGGGAUAUGUUUCUUGGUCUCUCUGCGAUGGCCUGGGACCGAUGAUCUAUUACUUUCCCCUGCAAACACUAGAACUCACUGGGCUUGAAGCUUUUGCCAUAGCAUUUCUUUCUCCAUUAUUCCUCACGAUUACUCCUGUCUGGAAACUGGUUAACAAGAAGUGGAUGGUAGCCCUGCUGUGGAUAAUUACCGUUGGCAGCAUAGCCUCCUUCCAGGCUCCAAAUGCCAAACUUCAGCUCGUGGUUCUCGCGCUCGGUCUGUCUUCCUCACUGGUAGUGCAAGCUGUGGCAUGGUGGACAGGAAGUGGUUUGCAAAGGUACUUCAGAAUCUGGGGAUUCAUUUUAGGACAGAUUCUUCUUGUUCUCCGCAUUUGGUACACUUCACUGAACCCAGUCUGGACUUAUCAGAUGUCCAACAGAGUGAUACUGACAUUAAGUACCAUUGCCACACUCGAUUGCAUUUACACAGAUGGUGCCUGCUGUAGACCUGAGGGGAAGAAGUCGGAGGAGGCAGCCAGGGUGAUGGCUUCUAGACCGAACUGGUUGUUGGCAGGGGCUGCCUUUGGCAGUCUCAUGUUCCGUACCCACUGGAUUUUUGGAGAAGUCUCUCUUGUUUCCAGAUGGGCAGUGAGUGGGCAUCCCCAUCCAGGGCCAGAUCCUAACCCAUUUGGAGGUGCAGUUCUGCUGGGCUUGGCGAGUGGAUUGAUACUUUCGCCUUGUUCAUGGUUUCCUGGUUCCAGUUUAACCUGGUGGAUGACAGGAGCGACCUCGGCUGUGGGUCUCCUUUACCUGCCCACGUGGGCAGCCGCUCUCUCUGGCUGUGUGCUCGCCCUCUUCACGGCGUCCAUGUGGCCUCAAGUGCUUGGACACCUUAUCAGCUCAGGGUCAGGCCCUGGGAAAGCCAUGACCACUGCCAUGAUAUUUUAUCUUCUAGAAAUAUUUUUCUGUGCAUGGUGCACAGCUUUUAAAUUUGUCCCAGGAGGUGUGUACGCUAGAGAAAGAUCUGAUGUGCUUUUGGUGACAGUGAUGCUAAUUAUUGGACUGAAUAUGCUAUUUGGUCCCAAGAAAAGCCUUGAUUUUCAUCUUCAAACAAAAAACAGUCCUAAAAUGCUUUUCAGAGAGAGUGGAAAAUACAUGAAACUUGUUUUGUGGCUGCUUGUCAGUGUGAAGUUGUUGGGAUUAGGACUACGGCAUAAAACCUAUGAGAAGAAAUUGGGAAGAGGGGCACCAGCCACAGAGGUCUUUGCCGCCGUCUGGCCUUUCAGGUUUGGCUUUGACAGUGAAGGAUGGUCUAAUUUAGAAAGAUCAGCUCAACUGCUCAGUCAAACAGGUGCAGAUCUCAUAACAAUUUUGGAGAGCGAUGCUUCUAAGCUCUAUAUUGGGAACAAUGACCUGACCAUGUGGUUAGGGGAGAAGCUGGGUUUCUAAACCGACUUUGGUCCAAGCGCAAGGGAUCACACUUGGGGGAUUAUGGUUUUGUCAAGAUACCGCAUUGUGAAAUCAGAGCAUCACCUUCUUCCGUCACCAGAGGGCGAGAUUGCACCAGCCAUCACUCUGACUGUUAACAUUUCUGACAAACUGGUGGAUUUUGUUGUGACCCACUUUGGGAAUCACGAAGAUGACCUCGAUAGGAAACUUCAAGCUAUUGCUGUUUCAAAACUACUGAAAAAUAGCUCUGAGCAAGUGAUAUUUCUGGGAUAUAUCACUUCAGCACCUGGUUCCAGAGAUUAUCUACAGCUCAUUGAACGUGGCAAUGUGAAGGAUAUUGACAGCACAGAUCAAGACAGAUGGUGUGAAUAUAUUAUGUAUCGAGGGCUGAUCAAAUUGGGUUAUGCAAGAAUCCCCCAUGCUGAGCUGAGUGACUCUGAAAUUCAGAUGGCCAAAUUUAGGAUCCCUGAUGAUCCCAUUAAUUCUAGAGACAACCAGAAAGUGGUCACAGACCCCAGGGAAGUUCCCGAGAAAAUUCACUUCAAUCCCAGGUGAGUGAGUUCCUUUAUGUUGUGAACUACAGCUAUGAGAUUGUCCAUCCCCUCUAGGGACCUAAAUAUUACCUCACAAUGAGCUACAAAUUAGAUUCGGUUCUAGAGGUUUAUUCAUGUUAAGGGAGCUCCUGGUAAAGAUUAUGACAUCCUACUUGGGUUGAAGUUACGAUCCCUGCUUUCUGGGAUAGAGAAACGUGUUGAAGUCCCAACCUCAGGCAAAAAAGAUCAAUGGCACCAUCACCAUCAUAAUAGCUAAUAUUAAAGUGUUUUUGUGUCCUAGACCCUGUUCUAGAUGUGUCAUGUGUUGUCUCGAUUAAUCCACAUUGGAUUAGUCCUCUUGUUAUCCCCAUUUUAGAGGUAAGGAAGCUUAGGCCGAGGAACAUAACUUCAUCAGGGUUAUGUGGCUGGUCAGUGACAGAGCCAACAAGUGGGAAGGAAGCCUGUUAGCAUCAUUGGGUUGCUGUGAUUCUCAGUGCUGGCUGCACUUAGACCCACCCGGAGAGCUUUUAAAAACUCCCUCUGCCUGGGUCCCACCCCAGACCAAUUCAUCAGAACCUCUUGGUGAUACAUGGGCUUUGGGUUAAAAAAUAAUCUUUUCAGGUUAUUCUGAUGUGCAGUAAGAAUUGAGACUAUGGAGAGUGGAUUAUUUAUUUCCAUUACAGAUACUCUACCCUCUGAAAUAUGUUGGGUGUUGUUUAGUUUUAAAGAGAGGUUAUCUGAGAAAUCUGUUUGCAGCAAGACAUGUGAUUUGGAGUAGUUGCUCUUUUUUCUUCCCAUGACUGGAUAAGGAGAGGAAAUGUCUGCCUGAAACCAGACCCAGAACAUGUCAUAUACCUUGUUAGUAUUAUUUGACAUUUCUACGACUUUUACCAGCUAGUAGCUAUAGAAACUUCUCAGAUGUCAUUUUGUUUGGGGGGUAAAUGACAUUUAUCCAUUCUCUUUUUCUUCCUUGUCUCUCCCUACAAGAAAAAACUGUAUCAAAGUGUAGGCAGCAAACGUAAGGAGAGCUAUAGCCAAGUCUUGAUUGGCUUCAGUCACUGUAUUUGAUCUUGCCCUUUGUAACUGCAACGUGGCUAUGAAGAGCAUAGGCUCUGGGGAAAAGCUGCCCAGUUCAGACCUUCACUUUUUGCCAGUGAACAGCUGCGCAACUGUGAGCACGUUGCUUAACCUCUCUAAGCUUCAAAUCUCAUCUGCAAAAUGGGAAAAAUAGUAGUGCCUGACUCCUAAGUUUUUUCAAGGUUUGAAUGACACCCAAAGUUCUUAAAAUAGUGCAUGGUAAAUCCUCCAGAGCCAGUAGCUGCAAUAGCAGCAACAGUAUUUUUACAAUGCAGUGGGAAAUUCUAUCAAUUUAUAACAUAUAUUGCUAAAUACAAGCAUUUCUCCAAAUUGUUUUUCUUAAAUAUUUGAUAAAAAAUAGAAUGUGGGGUAACCUAAGAAAGUUUUACUAUGAGAGAGAAAAUAACAAAAAUGUCUUACCUUUUUUUUUUUUUUUUUUUUUUUGCGGUACGCGGGCCUUUCACUGUUGUGGCCUCUCCCAUUGCGGAG